AUGAAGAUCGCCAUCGUCUUGAUUCUAAUAUUUGUGCAAUUACUGGCUCUCGCAUCGGGUGGUUCAAAAUGUGCCGAUGAGUACGCAGCGAAAGCGGAAGCUUCAAGAGAUAAAUGUGAAGCAUCUCACCCUGACUCGCCUGAAAAUUGUAAUCGAGGUUAUCAAACUUUUAUCGCCAGUAUUCCUCGUCUUUGUCAAGGAAGUAAUCGAAGGAAACGCAGCGAUAACGACAAUAGCACUUGUGUUUAUUCGACGAAAUUUCAAAAUACGUUGUGUAUCACUGAUGAUUACAUUUAUCAACUCGGCGUAGCCGCUUCCACACCGUGUACUUCGUAUAAUCAAGGUCAACAGAAAUGUGCUGGACUGAUCACAUCGAUUACUUGUAGUUUGGGUCAAUGGACCAUCGAACAACUGUGUCCGUCGGGAACUAUGUGUUUAUCGCUUUUCGGAUUGAUUAAAAAUAUCGUCUGUGGAUUGUUAAGUCCAUUAACGUUGCUUCAACAGAAGAACUAA